GAACAGCCACAGAUCGGACAGCACUAACACAAAAUGGAUAACAACACACUUAAGGCGAAUAGGUCCGCCUUCUCCAUAGACAACAUUCUGGAGCACAAGACCCAAACAACGGAAGUGAUAACAAAACCGCAGGCACAAACGCCCACCCAGUCGAGUCCUUGCACAGCCUUUGCACCGCCAACCGGCUCUCCAGUGCAGUCGAUAUACGAUCUAUCCACACAAUAUGCACUCAAGAAUCUGGAGUCCGGGUCUGGCACCUUAUUAUCACCGUCAUCGGUGCGCCUCAAUCCCGUCUACUCAGAUCCCGCCUCGUUGUUCUAUCAGCAAAUGCUAAAUCUACAGAAGAAUUCUCCGCUCUUCAUCCCACACUUCCAAGCCGCGGCGUUAGCAGCAGCUGCUCAACCAGCCGCCUACUGUGAUCAAUACAGUCCGUUUCUGGAUUGCGAAGGUUUCAGCAAUCCAGCGACUGCUGCCGCCGCUCUCUACUGCAAUGCGGCAUAUCCGGCCGCCAGCUUUUACAUGUCGAACUUUGGCGUGAAGCGGAAGGGCGGCCAAAUCCGCUUUACGUCGCAGCAGACGAAAAAUCUCGAGAAUCGCUUCGCCAGCUCCAAGUACUUGUCGCCCGAGGAGCGCCGGCAUCUGGCGCUGCAGCUGAAGCUGACGGAUCGGCAGGUGAAGACCUGGUUUCAGAAUCGACGCGCCAAGUGGCGCCGAGCGAAUCAAAGCAAGCGACAAUCGAAUCAUGCCACUGCCACGCCCACAGCGAAUACUAGCAACAGCAGCAGCAGCGCAGCCUAUGCACAGCCCGGAACGGGGCGAGGGACUCACAGCGAGGACGAGGAUCGCAUGUACCUCUCAGCGGAUGAGGAGGACGACGAGGACGAUGAGGAGAGCAUUGAGGAGGAUGUGGCCCAACGCGUUGCAACGUGACCAAAAAGUCCAUUUAAGAUUUCUAUUUUUAUAUGUAGUUUUAAUAAAUUUAUUAGAUUUUAACAUA